ACUUUAAGCCGGCACGGACACACCGGUCUCUAUUUCUUCGACCUUCUGGCGACGACGACGUGCUGUAGAUCUGUGCUACGCGUGUAUAAUCACGGGGCGCUUGGUGUUUGUUGGCAGUCGGCACCCAGGUCUACGACGGACUUGCUUUGUCUUUAACGCUGCGAGACGUGUGAGGGGAGCGCGAGGAAUAACAGAAUGGCGGCCACAACGACGGAUUUUCAAAAUCAGUCCGACGCUGACGGCGUGCAGGACCAACCGGGGGGGCAGCAGGGUGCACAACAGAACGAUAUGCAGCAGACGAAUCAAAGUCAGCACGACCAGCAGCAACAACAGCAUUCAUCCGGUCAAUCACAGCAGCAUCAGCAGGCUACAGCCGGCAUCCCUGGCAAGGAUGACGAGCGGAAGCUAUUUAUUGGUGGUUUGUCCCGCAACACCACGGAGAAGGAGCUCCGGGAUCACUUUGGGAAGUUUGGCGAAAUCGAGAGUAUCUCAGUGAAGGUUGACCCUCACACUGGCAUUUCCCGCGGUUUCGCCUUCAUGGUAUUCACCAAUCCCAAAACCAUUGACAAACUGCUCGCGUCUGGCGACCAUUAUAUAAAUAAACGCAAGGUAGAUCCAAAGCGAGUCAGUAAAAAAUCGCAGCAUGGUAAAAUUUUUGUGGGUGGUCUUACUCCAGAAAUUACGGACGAUGAUAUCAAGAAUUAUUUUGGGCAAUUCGGAACGAUAGUUGAACUGCAGGCUCCAUUUGACAAAGUCAAAAAUCAACGUAAAGGGUUCUGCUUUAUUACGUUUGAUUCGAAGGAGGUUGUAUACAAGUUAUUAAAAACGCCUAAACAGACCAUCAACGGCAAGGAAGUAGACGUGAAAAAAGUGAAGGUUAAUCCAGAUCCAAGAAAUCAAGGUUUCUGGGCACCAGGUUACGGAUAUGGUUAUGGCGGUGGUUAUGGCUACAUCCCUGAAUACAAUGGCUAUCAUAGCGGCUAUGAUGAUAUGUACGCGAACUAUGAUUACGCCGGGUAUGAUGGUUACGACAAUAUGGGGUAUGGCCCCAAACCACGAGGUAACGGUCCAGGACCGCGUCAGUUUCAAAGACACCAACCAUAUUAAAAAAAAAAAAAAUAGAGAGGGAGAGAAAGAAAGUGUGCAUGCGAGAGCGAACAAUGAGAGCAUAUAGAGACAAAAUAAAUAUAUAAGGUGCUCCAGAUCUCUUAUGACAAUAAGAUGUGCCUUAAUGGCAGACAAUUAAUUAAACUAUCUGAAAUUUGUAUGUUCAAGCACAUCACACAGCUGUCAAAAUUGUCAUGGAUCGUAUUAUAAAUAAAUGACAAAUGUUACACUCUCACUGUACCAUAUGCCAUGCAAUUCUUCAGAUAAUUUAAUUAAUUGAUUUUAAAUACACUUGUAAUUUAAACAUUAUUAUAGCGUUGGCAUUUUGGUAUUAUAAUUUUGAAAUUCUGCCAUUAACGGUUGUCAUGAGAGAUCAGGGGCUGCUUAUAUAAACCCAGAGAUUGCCCUGCUAUAGUGAUGCCACUGAUUAUUACAACGUUUGGUGAUUACAUACGAGUAAGGUAUCAUUUAUUAUUAUAGGUAGGACAAAAAAUAUUGCAUCUAAAUAUCGCAUCAGUCCGACUGAAUCCGGGAUUUUUGGGGAGAAACAAUGGAAAAACAGGAAAAAAAGAAACAAAUUGAAAUGUCCUCAGAAUUGCAAAUAUCUCGCUGAAUAUAGAACAAGCCUUGAAUAUCCCGAAUUUAGUUUAUUAUAAAGAUUAUUCGCGCAAGUAACAUAAUAGCAAUGGAUAUUAACAAUAACAAUUAAGAGUAACAAUAUUAAUCUUUGUUUAACAAUCGUUGAACAAAAAGUCAAUCGUCCUCCCAAACCAGUGCUUUUGAAUUAACGCAAAAAUGCGACCGCUCGUUAUAUCUUUCUCUCUAUGGCGUGUAAAACUCCAACAUAUUUCGAAUUAACUUAAUUGGCUACAAUUAAUUCAACCGAGGGAAUGCUUAUAUUUUUAAGGUUGAAUUCAAACUGGAGAUGAACAAAUAAUAAUUGAAAGUCAUGACCCCAUGUGUAUUAUUCUGUACAUUAAAGGUGAUUACACAUGAAGUUUAAUUAUAAAUUUAAUUAUAAAAAACAUGUAUAUGGUUUAUUCUUUGUAGCAACAAUUGUAAUAUACUCUGUGUUUUGCUCUCAAAAGUUGCGUUUAGAUCGUUAUACGAUAGAGGAACGUAACUCUUGUAGAGCGUAACUCUAUUAAAGAUGCAGUAAUGUACAAUUAGACAUAAGAAGCAAAAAAUAUAACAAAAAUGACGAAAAAUUUAAAAGAUUUAGCUAGAAAGAACAAACCUACAACCCAAUCGAAAGUCAUGUUAAUCGUCGUGUCCAAAGUCGUGCUUUUUACCGUGUCGAUAAUUUUUUAUCGUGCAAAAUAUGUUCUUCAAUGAAUGUAAAAUACGAACUUUACAGUGAGCUAUACAUAAUGACAUGAUUUUUAUGUCAUUUUCUGACAGCAAAUCACUAAUAUAAUAAUUCACACAUACUUUUACUCCAUUCAAUAAACUUUUUUCUGUUUAUACGAGCAAAGUUUGGCGCAUAAAGAUAAUUCGAGACCAAGUAAAAGUACGAAUGAACACGAACGAACGAAUUGUAAGAUAUGAAUAUCAAACAAUACAUUGCGAUUGUAAAGUUAAGCGAGAGAUACAAAAGAGAGAAAAGAUAGGGCUUCAAAAACAUACAGCGAUAUAGUAUAUGAGGAGAGAAUAUUCAAUUUCGAGUAUGUUGAAUUUGUUGACCGAUAGAUCACUUAUUUGUCUUAUACUACUAAUUUACUAUUAAUGUGUACAUCUAUUAUAUUGGGUUGUCUGAAAAGUUUAUGUUACACUUUCAGAUUAUUUGCUAAAAGCUCCAACAAGAAAUCUGAAAAAAAUUGAAUUUUCACAAUUUUUUAUAGAUGCAGAAACGAAAGCAUAUAUAACUGAAUAAAAAUAUGCUACAUA